ACACAUAUAAAUUGGGGAAAAAUUGUAGGUGGCCUCAGUUGAACAUAUCUGGCUAGGAAGUAAUCCCCAAACACUUCCAUACAUCAGCUCUGGCCCCAUCUAGGGGUGAUUGUCAGAAAUACAAAUGAGAUCAACACUGAGGUCAAAAUGGCACAAAUGACUGGUCCCCAUUUAUUAAUCUGACUUUUCAUGGAACAACAGCUUUCUGCAGAGUCUAAGCUGCUGACCUCUACACUGAGUGUGUCAGAUUUAAGGAGUCUUCAUCCAUGACAUAAUGGAGUCGAUUUUGUACGCACAUAGCGGCUGUGUGGAUCAUAGUUGUUUGCUUUGGGAAGUUUAUGGGCAAGAGAAAAGGGAGUGGAUAAGGGGAGGAGGGGCAGGAGGAGGGAGGGUGGGAUGGAGUGAGAGCAAACUGCUGCUGCUGCACUACAAAACGCUGUCAGUAGCGAAGCAGCUGAGCUCUGCAAGAAGAUAUCAGAGAGCACAGCAGAAAAAAAGGGAGAAUAACAUGUUAACCAGGGGGUCAAAUCAUCAUAAAGACUGGAAUCUGAGCAGAUAGGACGAAGACACUCAACACUGAGCAUUCUGAUCAGCUUUGGAGAUGAAUAGCUGCCAACUGUGGGAUUUGAAGAUGUGGGCGUUGAUGGGAGUAGUCUGUCUGUGCCACUGUGUCUUUGGACAGCUGUUUGAGACCAAACUGAAAGGAGCACCACGUCUGAUCUGCAGUGUCCCCGGGUCACCGGGCUUGCCUGGCAAACCUGGUCCCAGUGGUCCCCCAGGAGCAGAUGGGAAUGUGGGUAUCCCGGGAAGAGAUGGCAGAGAUGGCAGGAAGGGUGAAAAGGGAGAAAAGGGAGAACCAGGGUUGAAAGGCAGAGUUGGACCAACAGGUAAGAUUGGUGGUCGAGGUGAUCGUGGCCCUGCAGGGAAACGAGGCCCUACAGGAGAGAACGGCGGUGUUGGUUUACCUGGUUCUACAGGCCGCGAAGGAGAGAAAGGAGACAAGGGACAAAGAGGACCACGUGGAACUCCAGGAAUCUGCAAGUGUGGCAGCCUGUUGCCUAAAUCUGCCUUCUCAGUGGGGAUCACCAGCAGCUACCCUGCUGAGAAAAUCCCCAUAAAGUUCAACAAGAUCCUGUUUGAUGAGGGUGGACACUACAACCCACAGACGGGAAAGUUCAUCUGUGCAUUCCCAGGCAUUUAUUAUUUCUCCUAUGACAUUACGCUGGCCAACAAACACCUUGCCAUUGGUCUGGUGCAGAAUGGUCAGUAUCGGAUUAAAACCUUUGAUGCCAACACAGGGAACCACGACGUAGCAUCAGGGUCUACUGUGAUAUACCUGAACCCAGAAGAUGAGGUGUGGCUGGAGAUCUUCUUCAAUGAUCAGAAUGGUUUAUUUGCAGACCCAGGCUGGGCUGACAGCUUGUUCUCUGGAUUUCUUAUCUAUGCAGACACAAACUAUUUUGACACACUGGCAGAGGACUAUGCAUAGAACCUGGAAAACACAAAGCACAAACUGCUCAUUUUGAUUGUUUUAUUACAUAUAUGGUAUGUUCAAACUAUAUUUUUAUACAAAUGUUUGUACUGCUAGGUAUAUUAUUAUUAUUAUUAUUAUUAUUAUUAUUAUUAUUAUAGAGACUUAUCUACUGAUUUGUAAUUAUAUUAUUUCAUAAAGCUUGAAUACGUUUUUGAUUUAUUUGUUUUGGCUGGGAGUUGGAUCAUUAAUAACUUAAAUAAACAUCUUGGACUGAUAGUGUUUGGUUACAAGAAAGCUAACAAGAAGCAUGUGUGAAACGAAGGCAUAACGAAAUAU